AUGCCUCCACCCAGCUGCUCGGGGGGCAGCUGCCCCCCACCUACUGGUAAUCUGGUUAUUGGCCGUGUCCAGAGCCUUCGAACCUCAUCCACCUGUGGCCUCCAUGGCCCUGAACUCUACUGUGUUGUCAGUAAACUACAGGACUCUGAGAAUUGCUGCUUUUGUGACUCUCGGGAUGGGAAAAGCCAUGGCAUUGAGAAUGUGGUCUCCCGGAGUGACCCUGAUGGCAAAAAGACCUGGUGGCAAGCAGAGAGUGGUGUUGAGAAUGUCACCAUCCAGUUGGACCUAGAAGGUGCCUUUUACUUUACGCACCUCGUCAUGACUUUCAAGACGUUCCGCCCAGCAGCUCUGCUCCUUGAGCGCUCAGCGGACCAUGGCCACUCCUGGCAUGUGUACCGCUACUUUGCCCACAACUGCUCAGGCCACUUUCCUGGGAUCCCUCCUGCCCCUGGCCACAGAGUCGGUGACCUUGUCUGUGACCAGCGUUACUCAGACAUCGAGCCUACCACUGAAGGAGAGGUUAUUUUCCAAGUUCUGGACCCAACCAUUCUGGUGGAGAACACAAACAACACAGAAAUUCAGGAACUCCUGCGUGUGACUAACCUCCGUGUGAACUUCUCCAAACUUCACACCCUGGGUGACAGGCCCCUGGGGGGCCUCAAGGGCCACCCCUUCUACUACUAUGCUCUCUAUGAGCUAGUGGUUGGAGGCAGCUGCCUGUGCCAUGGCCAUGCCUCUGAGUGCAGGCCCGCACCUGGGUCCCCACCCAGCGUAGAAGGCAUGGUACAUGGCCAUUGUGUCUGCCGCCACCACACCGCUGGUACCCACUGUGAACGCUGCCAGGGCCUGUACCAGGACCGCCCGUGGCAGGCAGCAGAGCCUGGGCACCCCCACGCCUGCCAGGAAUGCGAGUGCCAUGGGCACGCCCACAGUUGUCACUUUGACAUGGCCCUGUAUCUCGCAUCUGGCAACGUGAGUGGAGGUGUGUGCGAUGCAUGUCAACACAACACAGCUGGGCGCCACUGUGAACUCUGCCGGCCCUUCUUCCACCGGAACCCCCGGGAGGACCCCCGUUCCCUUCACUCCUGCAAACCCUGUGACUGUGACCCUGUGGGUGCCCUGGAAGGGGGUUUGUGUGAUGCCUACACAGACGCCACCCGGGGCCUCCUCUCUGGGCAGUGUCGCUGCAAACUUCACGUCUGGGGCCAGCGCUGUGAUUCCUGCCAGCCAGGUCACUAUGGCCUGAGCCUCACCCAGUCAGAAGGCUGCCAGCCCUGCAGGUGCGACGCCCGGGGCCGCGUCCCCGGCACUCAUGCCUGUGAUCCAUCCAGCGGUGCCUGUCACUGCAAACGCUUUGUCUCUGGACGGGACUGCAGCCGCUGUCUGCCUGAGUUCUGGGGUCUGAGCGGUGACUCUCUAGGCUGUCGGCCCUGCGACUGUGACUUCGGGGGUGCCUACAGCAACAGGUGUUCGGCAGGGCAGGGCCUCUGUCUCUGCCGCCCCCAUCUGCGUGGCCGCCGCUGCCAGGAACUCCAGUCUGGGUACUUCUGCGCCACCUUCGACCAGGCCACUGCCGAAGCAGAGCAUGGCCAGAGCCUCCGGCCUGCUGACCCCCGGCUGCCUGUGAGUGUCCAGCAGUGGCAGGAGGAAAUCAAGGCUCACACCUUGGGGCUCAGGGCAGGGAGAGCACAUCCAGAGAGAGCUAGUUGGAAGAAGAGGCCGGACAAGGUUAGGAAGGUGAGGCAGGUCCAGACCCCAGGGAAGCCCCCGCUCCUGCAUCGGGGAGCUGGCUCUGCACUGGGGAGGGGCUCAGACUUCGCACGUGUGGUGGACGGGGCUGGCCUCUCUCUGCCGGCACCCCCAGUGCCUCACGCCCUGGACUAUGACAUCGUCCUCCGCUAUAAGACCCAGGCACCUGAAGUGUGGCAGGCGUUAGUCCGGGUCCGUGCCCAGUCGCAGCCCCGCAGUACCCGCUGUGCCCAUCCGCUGCCCUCAGAGCAGCUGUUCCAGGCAACCUUGACACAUGUGCACAGAGCCGUGGUUCUUUCCAGACCAUUCUGCUUUGAACCCGGAACACGCUACUCUGUGACCCUGCGGCUGUGGCGGACCAAGGAGGGGCGGAGACCCGAGGGGGGCACGAUCCUCCUGGAUUCAGUUGUGCUCCUGCCACGGGUUAGAGAGUUGCCUGGACUGAGGUCUGUGGACCCUGGGGCCCCGCGGCGCUUGCAGGAGCUUCACGAGGCGGGCUGCCUGGAGGCAGCGAGGGUGAGCCCACCCCGAAGCAUGCCUGAGGCCUGCGCCCGCCUUGCCUGCAGCAUCUCAGCCCUGCUCCAUGGAAGUGGCCUCGCAUGUGAGUGCCACCUGCAGGGGUCACUGAGCACCGAGUGUGCCCCGCUGGGGGGGCAGUGCCCCUGCCGCCCUAACAUCACGGGUCGUACCUGUGACCGCUGCCUGCCUGGGACAUUUGGCCUCGGGCCCACCGGCUGCCGUGAGUGCCGCUGCCACCCCGAGGGGGCUGCCGGAGCCAUCUGUAACCCUAUGAGCGGGCAGUGCACAUGUCGGGCGGGCCUCGCUGGUCGCCGCUGUGACCGCUGCUUCUCUGGCUGGUGGGGCUUCCCACGCUGCCAGCCCUGUGCCUGCAAUGGACACGCCGAGUCGUGCCACCCACUCACAGGAGUCUGCCAGGACUGCCACGGAGCCACCACGGGCCGGCACUGUGAGAGGUGCUUGGACGGCUACUAUGGAGACCCCACCCUGGGCUCAGGCCAGCGGUGCCAGCCCUGCCCCUGUCCGGGGCACCCUGGCUCAGGCCUCUAUCACGGGACGUCCUGCCGUGUGGAUAGCACCAAUGGACGUGUCCUGUGCCUCUGUGCACCCGGCUAUGCAGGCCCCCGCUGUGACCGCUGCUCCUCUGGCUACUUUGGGCGCCCCUGGCCUGGAGAUGACCCCAGAAGGAGUCCGUGCCGGCCCUGCCAGUGCAACAACAAUAUUGAUCCCCGUGACCCAGCUGCCUGCGACCCCCACAGUGGACAUUGCCAGCGCUGUCUGCACCACAGCCAUGGCGCUGGCUGUGCCCACUGCCGGCCUGGCUUCCACGGCAGUGCCCUGCGCCCAGGGGGCUGCCGGCGCUGCAGCUGUGACCCCCGAGGCACCAGCCCUGUGAGGUGCCCACCUGGGGCUGAAGCCUGCUUCUGUGACCCGGUCAGUGGGCAGUGCCCCUGCCGCCCCCACACACUGGGCCGGGACUGUAGCCGCUGUGCCCCCCUCUUCUGGAACCUCGGGGGGCCCCGGGGCUGUGAGCCCUGCAGCUGCCACGCCCAACACACUUUGCAGCCGGGGUGUCACCCAGUCACGGGUCAGUGCCCCUGCCGGGCAGGAUUUGGGGGCCGCACGUGCUCCCGGUGUCGGGAUGGGUACUGGGGUGACCCGGAGCAGGAGUGCAGAGCCUGUGCCUGUGACCCCCAGGGCUCCAUCUCGCCCAGCUGUGACCCACACACAGGCACCUGCCGCUGCCGAGAGGGCAUCUCAGGGCCGAGGUGCCAGGCGUGUGCCCGUGGCUCCACAGGCGGCUUCCCACACUGCACGUCCUGCCCUCCCUGCUUCACCUCCUGGGACCAACGCCUGGCUCCCCUCCAGCUGCAUCUGGACACAGUGGCCCACGAGGUGGCUGCCCUGCACCAGGGCAUGCCUGGCUGGGGUGCUGGUGGCCAGGGAGGAGACCUGCAGGCCCUGGAGGGUAAACUCCAGCAGGCCCAGACACUCCUGGAAUCACUUGCCCCCACCGGAGGGCCCCUGCAACAACUUACAGAGUGGAUCACCGGACUGAGGACAGAAAGAACCAUGUUGGCCCAGGCACUGUGGGUCACAGCACAGGUUGUGGCAGAGAGAGAGUCAUGGGUUAGGGGACAGUGUGAACGUUUGGAAGAAUUAUCCCAGGAGUUAGACUGUGUCAAGGGCCUGGCCUGGCCCAGGAAGGCCACGGGAACCCAAGAGGCCAAGGCCCAGGUCUCCUCAGCUGCCCUGCUUUCUCAAGAGGCCCUGCAUACAGUCCAGGUCGUGGCCACACUUGGAGGACCAGACAGCCUCCUGGGACAGGCCCAGGAGGCCCGGUGGUGGACAGAGCAGCUGCUGUGGGCAACGGGCCGGUCCACAGGGCCAGCGGUGUUGCGACUGAAAUUGAAGGGGCUGGUCGACAGGGUCCAGAGGCUGAGUCCUCAGCUUUUGCAACUGCUAGACAAAGCUGGAGUGGGAUGCAGGGGUCAGGGACCUGGGCUGGCCUAUGUUCCUGUGCCCUCUGGUGUUCCUUCUUGCCCUGGGACCCUGCCUACCUCCCAGUGGGCGCUCAUUGCCUCCCGUAACUCCUCCCGUAGCCUGGACAUAGCAGUCAUCACCUUGGAGCAGUGCCAGCAUCUGCUACGGCAGACCCAGGCUACUGCAAGCUCCACGGAAAUCCAGGCCUGGGAGACGUGGCAUCGUGCAAGGGGGUCCUGGGGCAUGGCCACCGUGGCUCGUGUGCAAUCAACUGUGCAGACCAUCCAGCGUUUCCUCUUGGCUGAAGGUGCGGAUGCUGUGAGCAUAGAGCUGGUGGCAUGGCGUGGGCUGGUGGUGCCUGUCCCCCAAGACGGGGCAGUGGGCCUUGCCUUCCUGCUGGAUCAGAUCCAGGGUGCCCUCCCUGCACCAGAGGCCGUGAGUCAGGAGCUGCCCAAAGCUGAAGGUGUCCUCCAUCGGGCACAGCAGACCAGGGCGGGUACAGCCAGGGCUCUUCACCAAGUGCUGGAUUUGGAGGGAGUGCUGGUUGAGGCAGGAACUCAUGCAAGGUCUGCAGAGCAAGGACUGCAGGUGGUGAAACAGAGACUUCGGGGUCUGGAGGCCAGUGCACAGGAGGUGGCCAGCCACCUGGCCCAGGUUGCACUGGCAGGGGAUGUGACCCCAGUGGUGGGACAUCUGUCCAGUGGAUCUGCGUCUCUCAGGACCCGUUUGGCCCUGACUCAGCGGCAGGCCUGGGAGGCAGAAGAGCGAGCCACGCAUGCCCUGGGCGUGGCCGGGAGCCUGGGCCAGGAGCUGCAGGUGGCCCAGUUGGGUAUGAUGGAGUUGCAGGAGGGCACGGAGAGCCUUGUGGCCACGGUGCAGGAUGCAGGAGAGCGGGCACAGCGGGCCCGAGCUGAGGCCCGAGAGCUGCUAACACUGGUACAGGACAGCUGGAGAAGACUGGAGGGGUUGGAACGCCGCCUGGCUCAGAACGAGGAGGCACUGGGCAAGAAAGUGGCCACCCUGUGGGCCCUGGAGCAGCGGGCAGCAGAGCUACUGGGUCACAUGCGGCUGUGGGCGAGGGCAUACGCCACCUGCUGA